AUGCCAUGCGGCGACAACCCAAAAGCCGGAACUUCUGGCGAAGCAGCGACAUCCAUAAUGGAUUACAUGAGCCUUUCUCUCUGCUUUCGCUCCUCUCCAUCCGGCUUCAUUCCCGCUCUCCAUCUGGCGAGUCGCACCCCUCCCUUCCCAUCGACUUCUCGCCUUCUCCUCCACUGCAGCCGCAUGCGCACUCCCCUUCCCUCCCCGCUCACCUCCUCUUCCCCCCGCUCUCCUCCUCUCCCCCCUGAUCUCCUCCUCUUUCCCCUGCUCUCCUCCUCUCACCCCUGCUCUCUUCCUCUCCCUCCUGCUCUCCUCCUCUUCUCCCUGCUCCUUCUCUGCCCCUGCUCUCCUCCUCCCCCCCUGCUCUCCUCCUCUUCUCCCUGCUCUCCUCCUCAUCCCGCUGCGUUGCUCUCUUUCCCCCCCUCCUGCAAUCAGCAACGUGGGGCGUGGGUCAUCAUGCCACCACCUAACGAGCAAAUGCUCCUCUCUCCCCGCUCAUACCCUUCCCCCUCUCUCCGCCCCUCCCCCCCUCUCUCAACCUCUCUCCCUCAGCAGUCCUGCUUGGAGGAAUUUUAUGCCAUGACGCAUUCAUUCACCCAGCAACUGCUAUUCCCUCUACUUCGCUCCUCUGCCAUCCCACUUGUCUCCCGGCUCUCUAGGAGCCAAAGCGUGGGCCAUCGACAUACAACGGCGCCGGGGACUGUGCUAACUCGUAUAACUUCCAGGUCGGCUUCUGAGGGGCUUGCAUUUGCUCCCCCUACUCCCUGCCCUCUCUCUCUCGCCGCAUUCCCGCCCCUCAAGGAGCUACCUAAGGUGUGGAGCAUCGAUAUCGUCAACGGCGGCGACUUCCCGCCUCUCAAGGAGCUAUCGAAGGAGUGGGGCAUCGACAUCGUGAACGGCGGGGACUGCGCGGACUCCACUAACUUCCAGGUCAUUCGCGAGUGCGACGAUGAGGGCUUCAUCGUCUCCAUCUA